AAAAAGGAGGGAAAAAAAAAGAGAAAAACAAGACAGAUUGAAGAAUAAAACUAGAAAAGCAAAAGUUAACAAAAAAAGAAAACGAAAAACCCUGCAAGAACCUUUCUUCAAAACCCAGAUGUAACCAUCAGAUCCAUUAAUGGCCGUGUGCUCAUCUCUUUGCAACCCUCUCUCCUUUAUCUCUCCUCCAAGCACCCUCCCCACCAUAUCCCCACCAUCCCAACUCACCCUCCCUCUCUCCUCUUUCUCUCUCCUCUCUCGUUCAUCAUUGCCACCAGACCCACGACCAACUGCCCCACUGUCCCAGAAAAUCAAAACCAGAGAUGGGUUACUUCCUGUGAUUCCGAAAGAAUCUCCUCACUUUUCUUUAUCUUCUGAUUUGGUGUCAGUGCUGUGCCCAUCGCUUGCAUAUUCGAACACCCUCUUCUUCAAAUCGGCAUACAAUGUUCAGAUUAUAGUGAAGGAAGACGAGCCCGAAGAGGAGCUACUCAAACGGUUCCGUCGGCAAGUUUUCAGGGCUGGUAUCAUCCAAGAAAGCAAGCGUCGGAGGUUCUUUGAGACCACCCAGGAGAAGAAGAAAAGGAAGGCUCGUGAAGCUUCCAAACGUAACCGCAAAAGACGCCCACAAGUAAAAGCUCAGCAACAGGAUGAAAAAGAAGCCUCUAAGAAAAAGAAGAAAGAUGAAGAAGAUGAUAACUGGGAAUUUUUCGACGUAGAACUUCCCUAUUGCUGACCUUGAUUGAGACAAGGCACAACUGUACAAAUGCUGACAAGGUUCGUAAAGUGGGUUUUGACUUUUGGCUUGGAUUCUUGAAAUGUGAAAAAGAAAGACCGUAUAACACUCACUGAUUUUCCAGAUAUUGUGGGCCAUAAUAGGAUAGUUUGACAAUGUUUUGUAAUCUAUCUCAACUAAUCUUUCUUGGAAAGUCUUAGUUGCAAGUUUCUCUAGCAAAUACUACUCUGCUUGAGCUACUCGAUUGUUCUGUAUGUAGUGAAAGGUUUUUGGGUAAGUAUGAAGUGAAAUGUUAAUCAGCCGUUUAAAUGGUGUAGAUAA